AUGGACGACAGGAGAGUCUCGAAGACAUCGUAUGACUAUCACAGUAAAAGAGUCCACCGAUUGAGCGCUUCUUCGCACGAGUCGACGCCAUCGAGAGCUCAGAAACACACGAAUAUGGAGGCAAUGGUUGCCUGCGAACAGACACCGCACGAAAUGCCGACACAAAUGGUGUCCAAGACAUACAUAAUACCCGUCAAUCCGGAUGAGACACCAGUGAACAGGCAGUCGUUGUUUGAGUCACUCGAAAGACGCCAAAGAGAUGGCAGACAGCGGGCAGACGAGUGGAGUGACGGGUGGAUCCCGCCCAAUAAGUCAGGUCUCAUACGACACCUCCCGCGCGUCCACUCCAUCGCGCCCUUUGAAUGUCAGUACAUAUCGUGCGGCAAAUUCUUCGCCAACAAACAGGAUCUCGAUCUCCACAUGAAUCGCAUUCACCUCAAGAUCUUUCACUGCCAUAUCCAGAGCUGCGGGAAGCACUUCAAGAGCCUCUGGAAUCUGAACAUCCAUUUGAUGACACACUCGUCGGAGAAGCGCUUCAAAUGCAAUGUCGAGGACUGUCACUACCAGUGCAUACAGAAGCGCAAUUUGGUCGCACAUAUGUACAAACACUACGGCUUAAAGCCCUUCCACUGUAGCCACGAGGCGUGCGAUAAGAGCUUCUCGACCAUCGGUUCCCUGCGGACACACAUGAGUGAAGUACAUGUGACGGAACGCCAGUUUGUGUGCGACUUUCCCGGCUGUGAUCAAGUGCUGUAA